AUGUUAUUUUUACCAGAUUACAUACCCAAGUAUGUUCAAUAUUUUAUAUCCAUUAGUUCUGUAUUAGUUAUAGGAGCCUCUACUUUACUAUAUAUUUUUCAAUGUGAAUUAAUAUACCUCGCUAGAUUUCCCGAGGGUUCGAGACAAUAUGUCGCUAAACCAUCUGAGAAGGAUAUCGAUUACGAAGAUGUAACCAUAACAACAAAAGAUAAUGUUCGUAUCAAAUUAUAUGUUUGUAAAUUACGUUCUGAUGCUGAUAAAAGACCAACAGUCGCUAAACCAUCUGAGAAGGAUAUCGAUUACGAAGAUGUAACCAUAACAACAAAAGAUAAUGUUCGUAUCAAAUUAUAUGUUUGUAAAUUACGUUCUGAUGCUGAUAAAAGACCAACAGUUUUAAUUUUUCAUGCAAAUGCAGGAAAUAUGGGUCAUAGAUUACCAAUUGCUGAAAGAUUUUAUAAACUGCUUAAAUGUAAUGUUGUAAUGCUUUCUUAUAGAGGAUAUGGAUUGAGUGAAGGCAAACCACAUGAAAAAGGAAUUAGAAUAGAUUCACAAGCUUUAUUAGAUUAUGUAUUAAAUGAUGAAGUAUUAAAAAAUACUAAACUAAUUGCUUAUGGUCAAUCUCUUGGUGGGGCUGUUUCAAUUGAUUUAGUUUCAAGGAAUGAAGAUAAAUUCAGUGGAAUGAUAUUGGAAAAUACAUUUCUAAGUAUACCAAAGUUAAUUCCACAUGUUCUUCCACAUUUGAAAUAUUUUACAUUUUUAUGCCAUCAAAUCUGGAAUUCAGAACAAGCAAUCACUCAAAUAGUCAACACACCGAUUUUAUUUUUAUCAGGAAAAUUGGAUGAAUUAGUUCCAUCAAUACAUAUGAAGAAAUUAUAUGAAAUAAAUUUAACUAGUAGAAGCGUAAAACAAUUGAAUAGUAAUAACAUUUCAUAUAAAGAAUUUUCACAUGGAACUCAUAACGAUACUUGCAUACAACCAUAUUAUUUUGAUUGUAUUUUGGAGUUUAUAAAGGUUCAAAUUUUAAAUGAACAUUAA